AUGUCUCCCAACUCUCGAUCUACAAACGAGGCUAAUAGCAACACCCAACCCCGUCUUGCUGCGCACAUGGGUGCUCAGACUGCCGCUAAGGAAUCUCGUCCACCCAAUUCGGUCCCGUCGUCUGUGACUGGAAGUCCUCUUGGCCAUGCCCAAGCGGAUUCUGGUAACAAGGAUGCUCUUCCGCCGACAUUCUUCCGUCUGGCUGACCAUCUGAAGGCUCAAAUGGACUCUCGAGGACGUCGGACGCAGAGGUCCUCCUCCCCUGAACACCCCUCUUCCUCGCUCAGGUCCUCUUGCACCUCGCUGGAUUCUAUCAGAGCUACAGUCGGCACUAGAGGCGACAUCGUCCCACAACCCGCCUAUACCCGUGUCCGAAAACCGUCUCAAAACCCGUCCUUCGGUGCUGUACCCGCUCCCGUGCCCAGGUUGCACAAGGCUCCGUCGAUCAAGUCUAUGAAGGCUGACAGGCACUUUGUGGCAGGUCCGAGCAGCUCUGUACCACUCAAGCCGCAGAAGGUACCGGUGAUUGUGAAGACUGGGAAAGCGCCCUCGAUUAAAUCUAUGGCUGCAUCGAUUGGGAUGGACUUUGAGAAUCAGAAUGGGUCUGGAUCGGCUGUUCCGCCCGUCCCUGCUCUCCCUGCGGCUUAUUCAUCGUCAUCGUCUACUGCGAAAGUGUCUAGGUCGAGAAAGGAUACUGGAAAAAGUAUCACUGGAAAAGGUAAGGCGAACGUGGGUUCGUCUAGCUCUCGGCGAGGCAUCUAUAGCUCUUCUAGGGCUUCAGCAUCGACUCCCGCCUUCCCGGUCUUCGCCGCAAUGACGAUGUAUUCUCCCACCCCCACCCCCACCCCCACUCCCUCUCCCUCUCCAAACUCCAGUCUCAGAGGCAAAUCGCGCGUUCGCACCCAAUCACACGCGCAGAACCAAACCCAGCAGACAAGAACGCCGACCAACCAAAUCGAGUUCUCCACCACAGGCCACAGUGCUCGAGGAACCUUGAAAUCAGGUGCGGCAAGCUCGGCUCAGCUUCCCCGGCGUGUUGCCUUGAGACAACAGGAACCUGUCACCCCGCCUCGCCGACCUCAACUUGUUUCUCGCUGGUCGCGCGACACUGAAGAUGGGACUGCGAUUCUAAAUAUGCCUCCAGUCCCGGUUCCGCCGAUUCCGCCGGCGAAGAAGAGCCCUGGGUUCCUUGGGAGGCUGAUGAAGAGGGUGAGGAGGGGUAGUUUUUAA